AUGGCCGAAACUAUAUCUGCUUCCCAAAUCCCCCAGCAUGUCAGUGCACGGUUGUCGUACCUUACCUCACGUCCAGGAGUACAGUCUACUCUCAUUCUAUCGCGAAAAGAUGGCUCUAUCAUCCAAGUUGCCGGCGAACUUGCCCCACGACCCACUCCUAAUGGCCCAAACUUAGCAACCCCAGCAUCGGAUACAGAGGCGAUAUCUUCAGUUGGCUUAGAGCCACCGCAAGCUCCGCCACAAUUGGAAGGGGAAGCAGCUACUUCGCAAAAUGUCCCAUACAAGCCCAGCCAGGCGGAGACCUUAGCUGCCCAUAUUUUCGCCUUUGUCUCCUCAGGGUCAGCGUUAAGCAGAGUGUUAUCCAAUCCAUCCGCUAGAGACAUAAACAAAGCUCCAGAGUAUCCGAAGCAGACAAUACCAGAUAAUGGACAGAAGGGUGAUAGCACCGAGGAGUCUCAAGACAGCGCGAAUAAUACGGAUUACGACGAAGACGAUGAAGUUAAGUUACUGCGGUUAAGAACAAAAAGUCACGAAAUAAUCAUCUAUCCUGACCGCAACUUCCUCCUCUGCGUCGUACAUGAUGUUUCUGCCGGUGGGGGACCCGGAACAACACACCGCUGA